GGCUCGCGCGCGACGUCCUAUCAUUACGCGUCCGGAGUCCUCGACAGAUCUCACAACAGGAAAGUGGAACUCAACCGACUCACUUCACAAACCUGCAAACCUGUUUCAUCGUUUUUGGUUAUCGUCUGCUCUUGAACUUAUUUUCUUACGGCUAAAGAAAUAAGUUCAAGAGUUAACUCCGACCUCUGGGCUAAAAGGCUGAAGAGAAACCAAGCGAAACUACUCCAUAGAACCGUCGACGGCGAUCAUCCACUGCUUCGGGAGAACCAAGUCAGACUUGGAUGGGUUCAUACCCGUAUGGUGUCUCUCCCACUUUAGAGCAGCAAUGGAGGGAAGAAGUUCUUUACCUCCACUCUUUGUGGCACAAGGGACCUCCUAGAAAUCCUAACCCUAAACCCAUUUCAAAUAAUCUUGGUUCUUCCAAUUCUACAACAUAUAAAAGCAAGGCAAAUAAUCUUGGUGCCUCCAAUUCCACAACGUUCAAGAAGGGGAAAAGCAAACAAAGAGUUGCACAGAAAAAGAAAGAUCCUAAACCUGUUGUUUCGGAGGUUGAGUGGCCCUGUGGACCAGAUCCCGAGCCACGCCAGGAGACUGGAUGGCCUGAAUUAAAUCCCAAAUCUGAUCAAGCCACCAGGCCAGCUACUGCUGAAGAACAGGCCAAAUUCGCCGCACUUCACUUGCAACAGAAGGGCUUGAAAGCUUGCCAAGAUUUUUUCUCAAGCAAUGCUUGUUCAGAUGAUGAAGAGGAAGACUUGAUGGAUGAUGAUGAUGAUGAUGAUGAAGAAUUCAAGUUUUUCUUGGGGAUUUUUACAGAUGACAGUGAUUUGAGGAGUUAUUAUGAGAAGAAUUGGGAAAGUGGGGAGUUUUGUUGUUUGGUUUGUGGUGGAACUGGGAAGAAGGUCUGGAAGAGGUUCAAGAAUUGCGUUGCACUUGUUCAGCACUCAACAGCAAUAUCAAAGACUAAGAGAAGGGCAGCACAUCGAGCAUUUGGGAAGACUGUUUGUCGGGUUCUUGGUUGGGAAAUUCAUCGACUUCCGAGCAUUGUUCUGUCUUUGGAUGGGCCACUUGGUCACUCCAAUGCCAAAGCAGAAUCUGAGGUGGGUUUAAAGGAGAAUAAUGCUCAAAAGGAAGAUCUUCACGAGAACUUUGUAGACCUUGUCAGCAAUGAUGAUGACGAAGACGAUGAUGAUUAUACUGUUGAUGAUGAUGACGAUGACGAUGACGAUGACAGUGAUGACAAUGGCGAUGACAAUGACGGUGAUGAUGAUGAUGAUGAUGAUGAUGAUCAUGGAGAGGUGGAUUCAGAGGACCACAACAUCGGUGUCGAAAAGGAAGAUUUUGAAGGCAAACUUGUAGGCUGUCAGGCGGGUUCAAAGAAAGAAGAAGAACUUCAUCAAAAGGAGCUUACCAGUGAAACUGUUGAGAUGAAAGGGGCGUAUAAAGAGGAAGAGACGGAUUACAGGAUGAAUAAAGAACUUGUAGCUGAGAAUCAGGAGAAAGAAGGCCUUCAAGAGGGAUUGUAGACUCAGCGGAAACUAGUAGAUAAUAGAAAUUAUUGAGACACAGGUGGAAUAUGUGGCUGUACAGGGAGGAUAUCCAUGUUAGGACACAAAACCCACUGGUUUUAGAUUUUCAUUCCAUUCAUCGUUUUUUUUGGUUUGUACUUGUAGACAAAAAACGAGUGGGAUGGUUUUUUAACAAAACAUGUGAGUUGGUUCCCGCUA